CUGUGCCGGCCCCGCUCCCCCCCUCCCCGCCCCGUUGGUCUGACAACGGCACGCGCGGUUCCGCCUGAGGGCCCCGUGGGGGACGGGCGGAGAGCCGGGAGCGACCCCGAGCGACUCCGGGAGCGACACUCGCAGGGCCUGUAAGGUUUGAAGGAAUUCUGAUUGUUGAGAUUGUGGUUCUUUGAAGGUGCACUUAGCCCAUCUUUUGGAUGAAGGAAAGAAGACAAGGAGCUCUAAGAAGAGUAAAAAGCUCACUUUAAAUAAGCAUUCAGAAAUGUUUGCUGAUGCCCUGCCAUUACCAAGUAAUCAGCAGAAAUGUGUUAGAAAAACACUCACCAGUGACUUCACAAAAACACCACAGUCAGACAGACAACCUACAACUUUUCCAGAGCCAUGGAGAAGUGUAGAUGAAAGUUCAGCUGAGAAAGUCAGAGGCCUGCCUGAUGUAUUUGUUGCUGAGGAAGCAGGCAGCAGUGCAUGGAGGUACCCGGCAGAACGGCGGCAGAAGCGUCACCAUGGAGCAGUGACCGAAAUGCAGCAGGAGCUGGACUGCAUUGGCAGGGAGAUGGAAGCCUCUAUUUUGAAUCUUCAAGAAUUCCUUCAGUUUGAAGUGAUGAAAUCAGAUGAAAAGAGUAAACUUCUGUUUGAAAAGAUUGCGUCUGACAUGGCUUUGGAAGGUUUCUCAUUUGAAGGUUUGGAAGAACUCUGGAAUAUGAUCCAUGAGGAAUCCUCAAACAGAAGGAAGUGGAUUAGGGCAGUGGAUGAAUCCCUAAAGGAGAUUGAAAGGAGUCGAGCCAUGAAAAUAGCAGAUGUACUGACCAAGUACACUGUGAAACUGGAGGAAAUUUCCUUCUUCUUGGCAGCUGAUGUUCACAGGCUCAUUAAUAAUAAGGCCAUGAAUAUAAACAGAGCACUGCUGGGUAAUGAGAGGGCAACUGCCAAGCUGCUCUUUAAUCUAAUGAAAUCAGAGCUUGAGAAAGAAAAAAUGCAUCAACUGAAAUGGCAAGAGAGAGUCAAGGACUGGAAGCUCAUCCAAAAGAACUGUGUAGUGCAGAGUUUCAGAGAAUUUAUGGCAAGUGAAGAAAUACAGAAUCCCCCAGCUGUGAAAAUGGAAAUGGAAAAUAUGAUAAAGGAGCAGAUUGUACUCAGUGAACAGAGACUGAGGGUUUUGCAGCACAUUGGUGCCUUGUUGCCUCCAAAACAUACAAAAUCUGACAUAAAUGAAUGGUACAGAACUCUGGAGAAUUUGAACAAAAGUAUAGACAGCCAUAAUGCAGAGUGUGUGGAGAAAAUGCAUGUGCAGUACGAGCUGGUCCAGGGCAAAUGUCAGGAAAAAGUGCAGACCUGCAAGAUGACCCUGUUGGAUAAGAACUUUUGCACAGCAGAAGAUGUUGAAGUUGUGCAUUACAACAUGCUUCAGAUGACUGAGAAACUAAAAAAUAGGUUUGAAGAAGAACUGGAGCACAUGGAUAGUGAUUUUAAGGAGAUGGCUAAAUGGCAUGAGCAGCAUUGUCAAGGCUUGUACAGCUGUGUUCAGGAGGCCAUGGAUCUCUGGGAUUUUCAUCUACUCCAACUGUCCCAGCAGGAGGAUGUACUUCAGAAGAAAGUAGAUGAAUACGGAUUGGAACAGGAUAACAUAAUACAGGUGUGGAAAGAUAAUCUGGAUACGAUUUUGGAAAAAAUUAAAAUGGCCAGGUGUGAAGAAGAGCUGGAGCAAUAUUUGGAGAACGCCCUUACUUCUUUAGAUCAAAUUAGAACUAGGAAUGAGACAUUCAAGCAGAUUGUAAUGAGUGAAGUAAUGGCUUAUCCAAAAGCUAUUUUGUGGGAGUUGAUUUCUUACAGUAUAUCCAUCAAUCAGCAUUUUAGUGUGAAGGAAAUCUUCAAACAGAACGUGCAAGGCACGACAGACUCCACAGUUCAAGAUCAAGGUAAUACCUCAACAGUCCAAACAGGGCUCGAGGCAAGGACAUCCCAGCCUUCAGAGCGGGAUGAUCUCCUCUCUCAACUGGUGCCAGAAGAUAGGGACAAUUGUCAGAAAUCAGCUGGAGAAACAAAGCUAACAGAGAAACAGGUGAUCUUGGCACAGGAAAUUGAAGAAACAGAGGAAGAAGAAGAUAGGGAGAGUAUUCCUCAUACAAGUGAAGAAAAUGAGCAUGCAGAAUGGGAACUAAGCAUUACACAGGCAGGAAAGACUGACAUCACAGAGAGUUAUUUUACAAAAUAUGAAAAUGAAGACUCUGUUCCUAUGUACCUGAAAUAUGUACUUCUCACAGAAGCCAUGUUUGUCGAACUGAAAGAAAGGAUUCACCUUUGCUUUUCUCAACACUUGGAGGAAUGGUUUGCAGAAUCCUUGUGCAACUCCUAUGUCUUUGUAGCUGCCAAGAAAGAGGAGCUGAAUUCAAUACUCCUGCUACAUCUUAAGUUGCAUCAACAAAAGCAGGAGGAGAUACAGACAAAUAUCUACAGUGUUCGAGCUGCGGAGCUGUCACUUCACAAAGAGCACCUUGAGUGCCACUGUGCAGUGCUGGCAGAAAGCCUGGAAAAGGAGAAAGCUGAAUUCCUCAGAUUUUCAGACCAGCUCAAUAACCUCAACACAAACUUUCAUUCCCGAGUCCAUAACUUGGAGUAUGACUUGCUCCACACUCCUGUGACUGAGCAGUCAGCUUCUUCCAGCAAUAAUGUGGAAUUAGAGCUCUGCAACCAUCUGGAAUCAAUCAGGGUUACUGUGAGAAGUUACCAGGAGCACUUGGAGGAAGCUUUUGGAAAAUUAAGGGAUUUGAAUGCUGCUUUUCUCAAAAGUUGCAGAUUAUUUUCAGAGGGUGGUGACUUUGCAUCCGAGGAGGUAAAGUUUUCCAGUGAGUGUCUUCAGAAGGAAAGUAAGCAAAUUGACUUGAUUGAAACUUCAAUCAAGACAGAUGUGAAGAAAAUAAAAUCGAGCUGCUUGGAGCAGGCUACUGAACUUUUCAAGCAGUCUGGAAAAAAGUUUGCUUCUCUGUCUGUGAGUCAAGCCUUUAUGGAGAAGGUCCAUCAAUAUUUGAGAAAUCUACGACUGCAAAUCAAAUCAGAGGUAGCAAAUUCCAAUUUGCAGUCACUCACAAUUAAGUCUUACCUGGAAAACCUCCAGCAGAAGAAAGAUGCUUAUGUUGAUUCUACUGCAGAUAAAGAAGCAACUUCUAAUCAGCAUGAAAUGGCUUUAACUUCUGAAGAGUUGUAUGCUUUUGCCAGAGACAUGUUGGAAGAACUGAAAAAGAGGUGCGAGUAUCUUGACUGCUUUGAAGUAAAAGCAAAGAUCCCACCUGCCACUGAGGCCUUCACCACUCCUGGCACAGAUGGGACAUUGCAAGAGCACUCAGCCACUCCUGACGUGGAUCGGAGGUCACAAGAUUUCAUUGCUCCUGCUGUUCCAAGAGAGAGUCUCAGAGAUGAGAGCAAAAGGAUGGUGAUGGGACUGGAUCCUGACAAAUUCCCUUUGUUAAAUCCAAGUGGAAUGGGUACUUCAAUGUUUGAUGAUAUGGCAAUAAAAGUUUUUGGAAAUUUAGCUGGAUUUGACCCAUCAAAAAAAUUCCAAGACCUAAAUCGGGGGAAAAAGAAUCCAGCAAUUCUUCCCCCAGUAAAGAAGAGGGUAUCUGAUGCACAUUCUCAGAAGUCUUCUAGCAAGAGGUCAUCUCGAGAUGAAACCAAGAGAAAAAAAAGUGAAAAAGGCAGAAAAUCUCUUACCAAGGAUGAGAGAUUCCAGAUAUUUGGAAAGAAGGCUACAGAGUGUGAUACUUUUAAGGGGAUUAUUAUGAAUAUUCUCUGGAAUGGUAACAACACCUUGCUCUGCCUUGGUGAGGAGUUCUAUGGAGACAAGAAGAAUCCUUACUUGGGAAUGCUUGAAGAUCUGCCAGACACAUUUGAACACUGGGCAGAAAUGCUCAGAGUGAAACUACUGUCAUACCAAAGGCAGACAGAUGAUUACUACAAUUUCUGUCUUAGUGAAUUUCGGGAUCAGCUGAAGUGGUUUGAGGAGAAUCUCUCUUCUGUUUCCCAACUGGUCGUGGAAAGUCUUUUAAGAGAACAUGAGCAGAAACUCAGCUCUUUUACUGGUCAAAUUCAGCAUCUCUUCAAUAGACAGCUGAAAGAUUGGGAAGAUAUGAAGACUAUGCACCGGAGAAAAUUACAUUACUCCCUAGGACACCCAAAUAACUCCCUUCAGCUGGAGGCUUUGUGCCAAGAGGAAAUAAAAAGGCAAAAAGAGCAAACUGAUGGUGUUUACCUCAACACAAAGAUGCUGCAGGAUUGUGCUGCUGAGUGUGCUCAGAGCUUUUUUUCUGCACUGGCUGCCCUCACUGAAAAGCUCCUGUUGGAACUAGAUGAAACCAUCACUGUUGAUGAUGUAAAAGUAGCAGGAACUGAAAUACCCACAGAGAAGAUGCCAACUUUAUUGUGUCGUGAACAAACUGAACUUCCUCCAGGAACCUCCAAAGUUCAACACUUAGUCAAACGAGGAAGGAGGUCUUGGCCAGGCAUACCCGAGACUUCUGUUCCUGACACUCCCGACUAUAUUCUCUGCAGAGGAACUGCAUCAGUUUCAACAGCUAAGACUACCCUGGGCCAUCUGUCAGUGGUGGAUGCAAGACAAGCUGCAUACAAGAAAUACAAAAGUAAAGUUGAACAGCUGUUUGCCCAGAUCAAGGAAGAAAGUGCAGAUCAGCUGCUGGCAAUUCAGCGUUGGAGUGAUUGGUGGGAAGAAUCUGUCCGCAAGAUCAAGAGACUCUACAUCUGAGAUCAGUCAAAUUUUGCUGAGCUUUGUUGGUGUAAAUUGACAAAUUUGUAUGAAUGUCACUGAUAAUUUUUAUCUUAUUAAUCUGCUGCAUUGAAAGAAA